CUUUUCCUUGCAUCUGUUUGUUGUUAUCUUGUGUUUAAAUGACCGCGAGUGUGUGUGAAGUGUUGUGGCGGCGAGGCGCGCACACACACACACACACACGCCCUGUCAUCGCAGCAUGGCGUUGCGUGGUGUGGAUCAGCGUGUAGCGAGGCGCGCCGCACGUGGCCGCACGCCCGCCGCCGCGCCAGGCCCAUGCACGCCACGCCGCCCCACGCCCGGCCAGCACGCGGCGUACUGAGCGCCUCGGCGGAGGUGGCCAGGCCACGCCUUCCCCAGGUCGGCACGCCUCCCCCUGGCGGCCGCGCCGGGCGGCCAGUGGGUGGUGGCCGCGGGGGAGGAGCCGCCCCGCCGGGCCCGGCAAAUGGGAAGGGCCGGCCGCAGCAGGAGGGUCUGAGGGCGUGGCCGCGGCGUCCCGGCGGCGCCAAUCAGGUCGCGCGCCGCCCCGUCCCGCUGCGCGCACCGCCGGCCGCCGUGGCCCCCCGCGGUGCGCGGCGAGGCGUGCCGCUAAAGCCUUCAUGAUGAAUCGGAGGAAGUCCACACGAAGCCCAGGUGUUGAGGUGAAGGUAGCGCCGCACCGCUCCGGCGGACUCAGUCGCUCGUUGGUGGCGGAACGAAACGAUACUCGCGGAGUGCUCGAGGCGAGAAGUGACGGAGUGUUGGCCGCGCAGUGACGGGAUCUAGCACGACAGCGGCGAGCAGUGCAGUGCGUGUGUGGGGUGGAGGAGGUGCUACUGCGACACACACGGUAGCGGCGGCGCUCAGCGGCAGCAGCAGCGGCAGGCCCGUGCGCCGCGGCCGUUCCCUGCGUCCUGGUGGCCGUGGCCGCGUGCCCGCGCCCCGCCACCAUGCUCAACCCCUUCAUGGACGGCGGCCACAUGGGCUCGCUGAUGGGGCACAAGCUGAGCCCCCCGACGCACCACAUGGGCACGGAGGGCCUGGCGGCCCACGCGCAGGGCAACCAGUACAACAACGGCUACGGCAUGAGCCACCACCCGGUGCACCACGGCCACAUGAGCACCUACCCGCGGGAGCUGUUCCUGCGGCGGGACCACAUGGCCUCGCUGGGCACGCUGGGCACGCACGACCUGGCCAACAACCAGCACAUGUUCGGGGCCACGCUGGCGGGCCACGACCCCUCGUCCAUGAUGUUCCCCGGCCUGCACGACGCCCACCACGGCCACAUGAACAACAUGAACCGCCUGGCCGCCGGCAUGGACUGGUCGCACCAGCAGAUGGGCUCCCAAUUCCACCACGGCAUGAACCACAUGAACAUGAACCCCAUGACGGCGGCGCACGCCCCCGGCGCCUUCUUCAGGUACAUGCGGCAGCCCAUCAAGCAGGAGCUGUCCUGCAUGUGGGUGGACCCCGACCAGCCCAACCCCAAGAAGCCGUGCAACAAGACCUUCACCAGCAUGCACGAGAUCGUCACCCACAUCACCGUGGAGCACGUGGGCGGCCCCGAGUGCACCAACCACGCCUGCUUCUGGCAGAGCUGCCCCCGCAACGGCCGCAGCUUCAAGGCCAAGUACAAGCUGGUCAACCACAUCCGCGUGCACACGGGGGAGAAGCCGUUCCCCUGCCCCUUCCCCGGCUGCGGCAAGGUCUUCGCCAGGUCGGAGAACCUCAAGAUACACAAACGAACGCACACCGGGGAGAAGCCGUUCCGCUGUGAGUACGAGGGCUGUGACAGACGGUUCGCCAACUCCUCGGACCGCAAGAAACACUCUCACGUGCACACCUCGGACAAGCCCUACAACUGCAAGGUGCGGGGCUGCGACAAGAGCUACACGCACCCCUCGUCGCUAAGGAAGCACAUGAAGGUCCACGGGAAGUCUCCGCCGCCGUCAGGAUCCGGCUACGAAAGUGACGAUUCCACGACGACCAAUGGGACCUCCACCUCCUCGUCGUUAGUCUCCUCCUCGAACCCCGCCCAGACCCCGCUUGUGCCUCUACCCACGGCGGGGACUGGGGGAGGCUCCGGCGGUGGCACGGGCGGCGGGGGCGGGACGGGCGGCGGCGGGCACUCAACGAACCUCAGCGAGUGGUAUGUGUGCCAAAGCGCCGCAGGGAUGCCCACGCCGCCCAGUAAUGAACACAGCCCCGUCGGCGGCCUAACCCACGUCCUGCCGCCCGCAUCCACGGCAUACUAGCCCCGCCCACGCCCCCACGCCCCCGCCCAUGCCCCCGCCCAAGGCCCCGCCCACGGCCCCCGUCUCAGUGAUGUACAUAGGCUGUAUAAAGUGUACAGUGUAUAUAAUGUACAGACAGACGCACUAUAUUCGUAAGUUUUUACUACGCCCGUUGUGGCACCAUGGCAGGGACUGCGGCCCACCUCACACACACACACACACACACACACACACACACACACACACACACUCACAGACAAUCACAAUCACAAAAACACACAUACACACGUUUUUUACGCCAUACAGCAUCACAGCAACACACACACACACACACACACACAACGUCUUAAUUUAUUUCCCCCGCCCACCGCUCCCUCGCUCCUUCGUGAGUGAGGAACCCGCGUGCCGCCCCGCCCCGCCCCGCCCCGCCAUGUACAUGUAUAGUGUUGUUUUCCUUCAUUAAAACAAGAAUAA